ACGUGCUCUCAGUGUCAAACACGAGACUGUUUGAGACAGACGUGUGUUAAUAGUAUUUAUAUAAAUGAACCAAUGGAUUUCACGGGAAAAGUCGUUAUAGUGACAGGGGCUAGCUCCGGUAUCGGGGCAGUUACCGCAAAAAUGUUCGCCGCUCAUGGAGCUACUCUCACAUUAGUGGGUAGAGAUGAAACAAGACUCCAAGCCGUGGCUAAAGCUUGCGAAGAAGCCAAAGGAAUCAAAACGCUACCAGUACAAUUAGACUUAACUGCAGUCAACAGUUGUAUUGCAGUCGCUCAGAAAACUGUGAAAGUCUUCGGCCGAAUAGACAUACUCAUCAACUGUGCUGGAAAGAUUGGAUUAACCUCGCUAUUCGACGCAAACAUGGUGACUUUCGACGACCUGUUCGCGAUCAAUCUCCGCGUACCAUACGAGUUGACUCAAAAGUGUUUACCUUAUUUAGUGAAAACUAAAGGACAUAUAGUGAAUGUGUUCUCAGCUCCUAUCCGGGCACGGCCAGGUUUUGUGACAGGCAGCAUGAUCGCCGAAGCGUUAGAAAGAUUUACAAAGGUCAGCGCAGUAGAAUUAGCACCGGAGGGAGUUAAAAUGAAUGCAGUAAGACCCGGUUUGACUAGAACUAACAUAUUGAAAAACAUAAAUAUAGAUGACGAUGAAGCAAACGAUAUGUACGAAGCUUUAGCCGGGAUGGUGCCAAGCAGACAAAUUAUAGAGCCAGAUGAAGUGGCUAAAAUGGUUUUGCUAGCAGCUAGUGAUAUGUUCCCUAAUUUAAAUGCAGCUAAUCUUGUGAUAGAUGGAGGUGCAUCUGUGGCGUAAAAUAAGAUUAAAUUUGUGGUAUUUUUUUUCAAAACUUUAUUUACAUACAAGAUCAAUGGUACUACGUAAACGAAAUUAAUAACUACCUUAAAUCUAAAAUAGGUCCUUGAGGCAUUGUAUCAAGGAUGCUGGCGGCAUUUCCUCGCUGUAUCGCAAUGCUGAUACGUUGUGCGAAGAAGCCGCCAGCUUUUCGGUCACCAGUUACAUCAACCAGACGCUUCGCGAUUUCUGCAAACAACUUGUGCGCGCUGGGACCCCAUGGAUUUGUGGUAUUAUAUGUUGCUGUGCUUUUGUUUUGAACACAUUUACACAUUUUAUAUACAGAAUAUUUGUCUGUUUUUAUUUAGGCACUUUAGAAAAAAACUUUUUAAGUCUCGAAGAUGGUGUUUAUGUUUUUUGGCAGGGACUACAUGAAUAUAACUUUUUAAUAUUUUCAAUAACUAACGGAAAAGUUCGCAUUAAAUAAUCUCACGUAUUUUGAUAAAAUUAUACACAUAAUAAACCACACGGUUUGGUAAAUCCACGAUUGUAAAGUAAAUAUCAAACAAGUAACUAAAGUGUUAUCAAAGACAAGAUAAAUUAUCUUCAUUGUAAUAAAUAUACUGCAGUUUUAGCCUUUAAUAGUCGUUAGUGAACGCGCUAGUAGAAAAAAUGUUUUAUUGUUUUUUUUUAAAUCCACGAUUGUAGAUAUCAAGCAAAUUACUGAAAUGUUAUCAAAGACAAGAUAAGUUAUCUUCAAAUGUAAUAACGAUACUGCAGUUUUUAGCCUUUAUCUGAUAGUCGUUAGGGAACGCGCUAGUAGAAAAAAUGUUUUUUUAUUUUUUUUAUAUAAAAUGAACAAUUAUGUUAAAAUACUAGAUUGUUAUUCAUUGUGAUUGGCUCAGGAAUAAUAUAAGUGACCACAGCAACUUUUUUCAUAAUUAUUCAUUGACAAUAAACUGUCCUGGUAGUUAGAAAAAAAAGAGAUAUUAGUUGGCAGGAAAAAAUAUGAAAACUACAAAAAGAAGCCAUCGGCAUAGUUUUGUGAAAACAGCUGCAAAGUAAUCAAAGUAAUAAAAAUAUGGCUGCUCUGAAACCGUAACAUAUAGGUAUACAGACUUUGAAAAAAUAAAACAGAAAAGGAAUCACUUGGAAGUGUGAUUGGUACCUAAUUUCAUCUCAAGUAUUUUGUUUAUUACAGAUAAUCAAGUGUUUUAAUUUGUAUUUACAAACGCGGUGUCGGUGUUACUGUACUGAGACUGAUUAAGAGUAUAUAGUAAACACUAAACGGAUAUCCGAUACAGGUGGCUGGAUUCCAAACGUUUCUGUUAAAAUAAUAAAUUAUUCUUAUUCUUAGUUAGGCAAAAUACAAAUUAUAUCCGUUUUUUUUCUAUACGAAGUUUUGAUUUUAUUCGCAUAUAUUUCCGAAUCGAAUUCAACAAGUUUUUAUUUUUAUUAUGUUUUCCGUCUUUUUUUUUAAUGAUAUACGAGGCAAACGAGCAGACGGAUCACCUGAUGGUAAGCGAUCACCGCCGCCCAUGGACACCCGCAACACCAGAGGGGUUGUGAGUGCGUUGCCGGCCUUUAAGAUGGGAGUACGCUCUUUUCUUGAAGGUUUAAAGGUCGUAUCGGUCAGGAAAUACCGCAGGCGACAGUUCAUUCCACAUUGUUUAAGUGUUGUAUUGUUUUAUGGAAACAACCGCGCACGGAAAUCUUAUCUGGCUUAACUGUUUGGUUGUUAUGUGCGGUUGAACAGGAUUUUUCUAAUAAAUGUUUGCGUGCGAA